CCCAACUACAACAAACCAAUUGGACCAUCCAGUUUGACAUUUAGCUGACGUGUUCCGAUUGCCCCAUAAACUUGUAAAUUUCAUCAACUUGCAACGAUACAAAUACGUUACUUGUUUUGUUACCCUUUUUUUUGUUAAUUUUUUACAUUGCAACUGAAUAGAACAAGUAGGAGUCUACAAAAAAUAGAGAAGUAGAGAAGGAUAACACAACAAACAAACGGUUGUAAUGAGUGUAGUGUAUGCAAUUUGCAGCAGAGUAACAAAUUCCGAGGGAGCUUAAUAGCAAUAGUAGAUAUUGAAAACCAGGCAAAAAGUAGAAAAAGGAAGAAAUGGCACUAUUAACUAUGAUUGCGCGUGUCAUCGAUGGGCUUCCAUUAGUUGGCACCAUGCAAGAGGAUGAACAGUCCGGGCGCAGCAUACUGGAGUAUCAGAACCAAGCAAAAAUGCUAUUUAGAAAAUUAGGUUCACAUUCACCAUCACGCUGCAGCAUUGAAACAGGACCAUAUCUAUUCCAUUAUCUCAUAGAAAAUGAAGUGUGUUAUUUGGUGAUGUGUGAUAAAAUGUACUCUAAGCGUUUAGCAUUCAAUUAUUUGGAAGAUCUAGCGCAAGAAUUUCAUGCAAAUUAUGGCCGGCGUGUCAAUUCUGUAACUCGACCCUAUGCAUUUAUCGAAUUCGAUGUUUACAUACAGAAAGCCAAAAAACAAUUAACCGAUAGGAGACGUAAUAUAAAUGCAAUCAAUACCCAAUUACAGGAUGUACAGCGAAUUAUGGUACAAAAUAUCGAUGAUGUCCUACAGCGAGGCACUGUGCUGUCAGAAUUGGAUACCAAAACGCAAAACUUGUCAAUGAUGUCUCAGAAGUACAAGAAGGAUGCGACAUAUUUAAAUCGAAAAUCGAUGUAUUUGAAACUAGGCGCUGCCGGGGUUGCUAUAUUAGUAUUUGUUUUAUACUUUUGGGUUUUGUAAUAAUUGUUAAAUAUUUAUGAAAUAAUAAUACGAGGAAUGAUAUCUAACCACAUACAAAUUUAACAAAAAAUUGUAUGCAAGCGCAGUAAAGAUUGGGAUAUGCAUGGGCUAGCUAUUUUUUAGACGAUGGCUGCAUGACAUUUUCUUUAAGAUAUUUGUUUUUUGGACAAUGUAAUAAAGCAUAUGUAAAAAUAAUUAACUUAA